UAUUAAAUAGCAAGAAUCCAGUGAAGUUUUCUUUUUGUUCCACCUGUCAUUAACUUAAUUAAUAUACCGACAUCUGAAGGUUAAAAAACGAAUAACAAGGUCACUGGAAUGACUGAUUCAAUGACUGAUUCAAGAAAUCUAUUGCACAGUUUAAUAAAUGCCGCUGAAAAAGCCGCUAACAUAGCCCGACUAUGUCGCUCCAAUGAACAACUGCUGGCAUUAUUGGUGCAAGAGAAGACCGGCAAAGAAGCGAACGCCCGUUUUGAACAUGAUUUCAAAACUUUAGCCGACGUUUUAAUACAAGAAACUAUUAAGCAUGAUGUGGGCGGUGAGUUUCCAGAAAUGCUGGAAAAUAUUCAAGGUGAAGAGUCACCUAGUUUUGCCAGUGCAACAGGUAAAGCCGUAAACAUAUGCAUAGGUGCAACAGAAGAGGAAACGACCGACUGUUUAUUGCAAAUAUUGCAAAGCGAAUACGAAGAUGCUGCAAAAGCCUUAGCUGCCGAAGUUCAUCGAGUAGUGGAAUUUCAUAAGGAAAUGCAUGAAGACUUACCGCAAUUGCCAGAAAUGGAUUAUACACAGUUUGGUAUAUGGAUUGAUCCCAUUGAUGCGACAGCCGAAUAUAUAUCUGGCGAUACAAUAUUUACAAAUUUCCCUGGAAUCACUUCAACUGGUUUGGAUUGCGUUACCGUUUUAAUAGGACUCUAUGAACGUGUAACAGGUAUUCCCGUGAUAGGAAUUAUAUCCCAACCGUUCCGUAAUAAAAUUGAAGAGAAUAUUUAUACAUCAUCGCUAUACUGGGGCAUAGCUUUCCCCGACUUUAAAGCUCAUAGUAAACACUUAAAUACGAUUCCUACACAUGACGGUUUAAUGGGCAUCUUUUCUAGUUCAGAACACGCAGAGUUACUGCAAAAAAUGUCUGAUCUGGGAUAUGCGUUUGCUUUUUCCGCUGGUGCCGGUCAUAAGGCAUUAAAAGUGAUUACCGGUGAAGUUGAUGUUUACGUUUUGAGUAAAGGUUCCACUUAUAAAUGGGACACUUGUGCUCCUCAAGCAAUUUUACGUUCCUUAAACGGUGGUAUAUUUGACCUUAGCUCUAGUAUAGAGAAAGGUGAACCUAUAUCUGUGAUAUAUAUAUCAGAUGACGAUUCUAUAGACGGUAGUUGGAGGUGCAAUAGUAAAGGAAUCAUAGCAGUAAGAAAUCUAGAUUUAAUGCAUGACAUCCUAAAGAAAUUGGAAAAUGCGUAAAAGAGAAGUUG